CGCACGUGGUGCGAGUUCGCGUUUGAGGUUUCUGACUUCUGGCGAGAUCUACUUUUCCUGCUGCAGCUGCUGUUGCUGCGAUAACAUCUCUUGGAUUCCAGUGUAAUCCUACUCCUUACAUCAAUUAGCAGCGAGAGCCAUGGUACACCGGAUAUGCUGCAGGUGCUGGUUGCUAGCGUCAGUUGUGUUGACCCUCAGCCUGCUGACGACCAUCGAAGGGCAGAUAAGCUUAUCAUCAGUACCAUGCGGACAGCAGCAACAGCAGCGGAUUGUCGGCGGUUUGGAUACGAGCCGCGGUCAGAUUACGUACAUUGCGAGCCUUACGAAGCGUGGUGGUCACUUUUGUGGUGCAUCGAUCGUCAACGAACGGUGGUUGCUCACGGCCGGACACUGCAUUUGCAGGUGAGUAUUAUCCGUCCAUCGAAUCGGUCCAACGUUAUCCUUCAGCUGAUACUUAUCCGCAUACGGACCGUUCUGUUUCGUUCCGCCCUUAAAAGUGGUACCAAUAAGGUGCUCCGGCCGAAUCAAAUCCGAGCCGUGCUCGGUCUCUAUCGGAUAUCGGAGUUUAGCGGUAAUCGGAUUGAUCCCGUGGCCGAUCCGGCGUACGAGGUGGGCAUUCGUACGAUCGUGCCACAUCCGGGGUAUAACUGCGGCAAAACCUCCAACGAUAUUGCCCUGCUGGAAGUGACGGAACGUAUCUACUUCACGCCCACCGUCCGACCCAUCUGUCUAUCGAGCGGAUCGGAUGCUUCGGCGCGUGUCGACGGUUUAACAGCUACCGUGGCCGGUUGGGGCUGGCAGCAGGAAAAUCGCAACCUGGGCGAUAAGGCCGACACACUGCAGCGUGCCUUGGUGGACGUGUUUCGGAACGAAGAGUGCGAAAGUAUGUACCGACGGGGCAAUCGAUCGCGUACGAUCGCUCGGACGCAGUUGUGCGCUGGUAAGAGUGUCGGUGGGGUCGAUGCUUGUUGGGCAGAUUCUGGGGGACCGCUGGUGACGAGCAACAACGUGCUCAUCGGUAUCGUGUCCACCGGCAUCGGCUGUGCACGACCUGGCUUUCCCGGGAUCUACACGCGGGUUAGCGAGUACGCUGGAUGGAUUGUUACGGUGAUCGAGCGCUUUAAUGCUAGCUAGGCGAGAACUAAUAACCAGUGAGCGAACCAUUUCAUACCAAAGAGAACCGUUUUCUAGUCAUAACCAUUUGUCAGAAAGGGAAUUUCACAACAUUCCAGCCUUAAAAAGGUGCCUUCCAUUACCGUGUUAUCUGUAUUGAGUAGUUAGUGCAAGAUAGCUGCCGCCACGAAGCCGGGGCGCCGUGGAGUGUAUCUUUUAAACGUUAAAUUAGUAAAUGGUUUGCUAAAUUAAUUUUAAAGUUUGUAAAUAUGUGUGAAUAUAGUUUGUGCAGUAGAUAACAUGCCAAUAAGCCUUAAUCUUGCAGUGAAGAUGUUGGUAAAAUUAAGUAAAGUUAUCACGAACAAAAUGCACCAUUUCAACAAAACCAUUACGCAUUUCCUACAGCACAUCAACCAUUUUCUCAUUUAUCAAACGAACUUUUGGAGCAGGCAAGUUGCAAGUGGUCAUCCCUUCGAGAGCUGAUCGUUUCCAGUUCGUUGAUUGCUCCUAUUUCGGAACGAUCCUGCAGUGAACGUAGAACUCGCUAUCAACGUCGGACGACGCAAAGGAAUAAUGAUUCACCGCCUCUGAUUGCUACCCUCCAGGCUUUACGAUUAAUGAGCACACGUUCUCAAGUGGUUAUUCAUAUUACAGAAAGUCGCUUUUGUGAUUUUCGUCUAAAAACCAACUUUUUGUUACU